UUCACUUAUUAUGGAUUCGAGUGAAGAACAAUAAAAAAUUUAACUAGUUGUCAUUGGGGAUGGCAAUGUUGGUAAGACCUGUAUACUGUUGAGGUAAUUAUUAAUUGGAUUAUAGUUACACAACUGAUAAAUUUCCAACUGAGUAUGUCCCCACAGUUUUUGAGAAUUACAUUACAUCUGUUAAUAUUAAUGGUAAGUAAAUAAAUUUGAGCCUCUGGGAUACUGCUGGUCAAGAAACUUAUGAUAGAAUAAGAACACUUUCAUACUAAUAGAGUGAUGUAUUUUUAAUUGUGUUUUCUGUCAUCGAUAAAUCUUCAUUUGAAAAUGCAAAAUCCAAGUGGUAUCCAGAAUUGAAUGUUGAAAACUUAAAAAAUAUACCAAAACUUAUUGUGGGUAAUAAGAUUGAUUGUAGAAAUGAAACAAAUGAAAAUCAUUUAUAAUUUGAAGAAGUAAGAGCCAACUUAAUUUGUUUAGGUAUAAAAUGAAUUAAAAAAAUAAAACAUAACUUAUAAAGAAUGUUCAGCAUUAACUUAAGAAGGAUUGAAAGAUUUAUUUGAAGAUGCUAUAAGACUAGGAUACGAAUAUAAAUAAUCGUUAAUUUAAGUUCCAAAAUAAAAAGAUUAAAAAAACCAAUAAGAUGAAGGUUGUUGUUGCAAAACUUUUUGAAAUAGAC